AGGAGAUGGAGGAGCAACAGAGGUGAGGUCGGGUGGAUGGGUAGGCAGGGCCAUCGCGGAAAUGGUGGAGGGGAAGCUGGAUGAGCAGCAGUUAGAAUAGUGGUAGUAGUAUCUGCAGCAGCAGCAGCAGCAGUAGAAGUGGUAUCAGUGAAAAGCAGUAGUAGCAGUUCAGUGUUUUCGUCGGGUGGUGUUGGUAGGGCAGCCCCAGGUCGAGAGACGAAGCAACUGCCGGCGGUUGUUUUCGUCGGCUGGCGGCGAAACAACAAACACAAAAUAUCAUAUAUAUAUAUGUAUAUAUAUACAUAUAUGUAUAUAUAAAUAUUAUAUAUUUGUAAUAAAGGAGAACAAAACAAAAACAAAAUAACAAAACAAAACUAUGCUGAGCCAGGACGACGGGCGAAAGAUGCGAGAUAAUCGGCAUUUGCUGAUCCACACGGAUUACCAGGGACCUCACAAUUGGCGACAGUACCUCAGACACGUUCGAUCUCUGUCACCGACCGUCGCUGCGGCUUCGUCCGCGGCCGACCAUGGCGACACCCAGACGCGAUCUACUGUUGAUAAUACAACCACAACCACCAACACCACCACUACCACCAUCACCAAGAAUAACAAUAACAAGAUCAAUACAGACAGGUCUCAUAAAGAAUCAAAAAAGCACUCUCGAGAAGAAAAACAAACAGAAACCACAGCUAGUGACAAAUCCAGAAACACCAUUCCGCCUUGGAAAAAAGAUCUUAUUGAGAAAAAGAAGAAACCUUUUAACCCAGUUAAUGGAGUUAGUGAAGUAUUCAGACGCAGGGCCCAAAUGGCCAAAGAGUCCCCUUUCACACAACAAGUUGUUAACACUGGACCUCUCUCACAUGGACCUUCAACAGUUUAUCGACGAAGAUUUUCACCAUCCAACUCAUUUCGAACACAACAGACGUCUGGUGUAUAUGCCUAUCGCCGUCUCCUUUCGCAGAACAUCUCUGCAUAUCUGACUAGUAACAGUGAGCUGACACGGAAGAGAAUCGAAAAAGUACAACGAGCUCGACUUUAUCUCCUGCAACUUACAGGUCCCAAUUCCUUUCUGAUUGGUGGAGAUUCACCUAUACACAAGUUUAAAGUUAUCAUUGGACCACAGACAUGCAGUUGUGGUCGCAGCCCUCAUUGUGUCCAUGUUCUUUUUGUCAUGUUACGUGUGUUUAAAGUGAAAGAGACCGAUCCAUGUUUAUGGAGCCAGACAUUGAAAAAUUAUGAAGUGGAGAACCUGUUUCGAAUGUACAACGACCGCCGGGAAUUGUUACUUCUCAACAAGGAAAGUUCUAAACACAUACACAAAAAGCAGUUGGAAGAGAAACCAGAAAAUUCUCCUGAAAAGCUAUCCAUUCGUGCCGAGAGUGACACUGGCUCCAAAGAUGAUGAAGACACCUGUCCUAUCUGUCUGUUGGAGAUGCUGGAAGGUGAAAGUUUAGUUCGAUGUAUGAAUGGCUGCCACAACCGUCUGCACCAUCAUUGUAUCACUGUCUGGUUUGAAGAAUGUCAUAACCAGAGUCCUCUGAUUUGUCCAAUAUGUCGAACGUUGGAACAUUUUCCCCAUUUACCUUUAAUCAGUGAAACAGGCAUCAGCCAAGGAGAAGUUUCUUCACCGUUGAUUCCAGAUGACUUAAGACUUCCGUAUGCUGAACCAGUUCCUGUAGAAUACAGAGACACAGCUCGACCUUGGAUCCAGGUUCUGGGUGAGGACCUCGUGUGCUGUCUAUUUUCACGGAACUGGUCAAUUCGAGAGGCUGCGUUGAAGUAUCUAAGUCGUGAGAUGGUAUCCACGUUGCUGAGAGGUUCCGGAGAAGGUCGCAGUGGUGCAAUGAUAUCUUCGAGUCAACAGACUGCCACCCAUCAGAUGCUGGAAUGUUGUUGCAGUGUGCUUGCAUUCAUGUGUGCAGACCCUGUCUAUAGAGUCUUCAUUUCAUGUCUUGUAAUAUUUGUUCUAACUCUUUAUAUUCUGAGUUCAAAUUUUGGCCAGAUCAACCUUACUUUUUAUUCUUCUGGGGAAUUGAUAAAAUAUAGUAUCAAUCGAGUACAGGGACGUACCAGCCAGCUGUCACUGUCCACUAUGGUUGAACUGACCAAAGGUCAAGAUGGUGAACUGGCUGUUGGACGUGAGAUUGUCUCUCCUGGCUCUGGUGGUCUUGGAGGAUUGGCUUACAUUCUGAAACUCGUGCUCCAGGAAUAUCAAGUGAAAACUGUGAGAUGGCAGUGGUUGUUGGGGCGGCUGUAUGUCUUGGACAGAUUACUAGAGGAGUUCCCUGGGGAGUUUAUCCGUGGCCCAGAACCAGACCCAGAUGCUUCUGAAGAACUGAACUCUUCACCUUUACCUCAGCCACAUACUCCUAAGACUUCUUCUUCUUCUUCUUCUGCUGCCACUACAACUACUACUACUACUUCUACUACUACUACUACUACUACUACUACUACUUCUUCUUCUUCUUCUUCAUCUCCUCCUCCUACAUCCUCUUCUUCGUGUCCUCCUUCUUCUUCUUCCUCCUCACAAAACGAAUUCUGUCGUAUUGUCAUUGUUGCCAGGUUUGCAACAUAUGCCGUUGGUAAUGCACAUUCCAGAAUAGCAAAAAUUGCACGUCGUAUCUUCUUCAUUUGUGUGAAAUUCAGCGCAGGGCAGGAUGAGAUCGUGAUACAGCUGGACAAUUUACUCGUCACUGCCGUGGACCCUAAGCUGAUGCGACCAAUGCGCAAAAAGCUGUCGCACAUGGUCGACAAAAUCAAACAAACCGAGGAGACUGCUAAUAAGGUGUGGCAUGAUUCUGAGAGCAGUCAAGGCACCAGCUGUAUCGGUACAUCAGCCACAGCAUCACCCAAUGAAACCCCACUCUCUACACCCCCAGACUCUCCGUUCCCUCUCCCUACAACACUAGACAGUGCAGCUAAUCACCCUCUAUCCAUGACACACUCCUACAUAUCUAAGGACAAUCACCAAGACCCACCUCAACACAGCUUUCAAAAUGACCUCCAAAAUAAUCAACAUAGCUCUUGUAUGGAUAUUGUCAAUAACACUGGACAUGAACUUCGACAUGGCCUCUUGAACGAUGACCUCCAGAAUGAGCUUCAACACAGCUCCCAAAACGACCUUCAAUAUGACCCCCACUUAGGUCCCCAACAUCCCCACUGCAGUGUUAAUGCUAGCUGUGCAAAGCUGAAGAAUGUUUCUGUGAAGUGCUCUGUAACCCUGGCAACCAGUGACCAUUCCGGUGAAUGCAAGGUCGAAGAGAUUUCCAGCAUUACAGCCUGCAACAACAAUCAUAACAACACCAACACCAUCAGCACUAACAGCAGUUGCAACAACAACAACAGCAGCAGCAGCAGCAACAGUAACAAACAGUUUGUCCACAACAUCGUGUGCACCACCAAAGUGAACAACUGCACGGACAGCUCUGGAGACCGAUCUCAGUUUAUGGUGACCAUGCCGUCAACAUCAACACCGUCCUCAUCCAUGCAGCACCACCUUGAUGACAGCAACAACAGCAGUGUCUGCCAUUGCUCCUCUACUCCACUUGCCUGCAGCUCCAGUCACUCGUCGUCCAACAUACUCACUGAAGAUCUCUCUGAUAUCACUGUUUCUCCAACAGGCAGCAACGGACCAUCUGUCUCUUUCAAAACAGAGAUAGCAACACCGAAAGGUUCACCCUGCGGAACCGAGGACCAAAGCAAGCCUGAUUCCUACCAGUAUUGCUGCAAAGAAGAGGUGGAGCGGGAGGAAGCAGUAGCUUUAGCCAAGGCUCUAGAGGCGUCGGCAAAACAAGAGCCUUGUCCUUUGGUGCCUGGAUUGACUCCAUCAGAUCGGGAGGAAGUAAUCACGGUUCGGAUCCAACCAGAGAGUCAAACAGAUAUGCACCCUUUGGAAAGUCCAUUCAACCACAGUAGUAUGCUUUCUAUGCCAAACAGCAGCAGCAGCAGUAGCAGCAACAACAACAACAACAACAGCAGUAACAACAACAAUAGUCCUCUAUAUUUAGAGAAUGUACAUUGGGUACGAAGUAACUUGUUAGGGACCGGAGCAUUCAGCAGUUGUUAUCAAGCAAGGGAUGUGAAGACUGGAACAUUAAUGGCUGUCAAACAGAUUUCCUUCUGCCGGAACACAGAAGAAGAGCAGGAGAAGGUAAUCCAAGAUGUCACGGAGGAGAUUCACAUGAUAGCUGCACUGAAUCAUCCCAAUGUCGUACGGAUCAUGGGUGCUACACGGCAAGGCUGUCACUUCAAUAUGUUUGUUGAAUGGAUGCCAGGUGGCUCUGUUUCCAACCUAUUGGCAAAGUAUGGCAACUUUUCUGAGACUGUGGUCAUUAGCUACACACACCAAGUCCUCCGUGGCUUGACAUAUCUUCAUGAAAACCAAGUUCUACAUCGUGAUCUUAAAGGUGCUAACCUCUUAGUGGACAGUACUGGACAGAGGGUCCGAAUUGGUGAUUUUGGUGCGGCUGCUCGUUUGGCAUCACAGACUACUCAAGCUGGUGAAUUUCAGGGACAAUUACUAGGGACAAUAGCCUUUAUGGCGCCAGAGGUACUCCGAGGGGAGAGCUAUGGACGAGGUUGUGAUGUGUGGAGUGUUGGCUGUGUAAUGAUUGAAAUGGCCACAACAAAACCACCAUGGAAUGCUAAUGACAUAUCAAACCAUUUGGCUUUAAUUUUUCGGAUAGCUUCAUCAGUGCAGCCUCCACCAAUACCACAGAAGAUGUCCCCCGGUGUACGUGACAUUAUGCUUCGUUGUUUGGAAGUAAAGUCCGAAGACAGACCACCAGCUAAGGAGCUGCUCACACACCCUGUUUUUAUGCAACAUUUGAAUCGAUGACAGAAUGCAAUUUGCAUUCAUUCAAAGGUGUCACACCACCACUACCGCUUACAUGCAAAAAAUGAUGUGCAUAUUUUAUGCACCAAGUAUAUUAUGCGGUGGUGUGACAGUAGAAAUAAUUAACGAACAAAAAUAUUAUAUUUAAAAAAAAAAAAACACGACAAAAACGUAAAACAGAAACUCUAUGACAUUUCAUUAAAGUAAAACUACUGAAAUCCAUUCCGAAAAACAUGUGUGUAUACGUGAUGUGAUAGUCUUUGUGUGUAUAUGUAAACACACAGACUUAUAUGUGCACAACUACACUAUAUACAUCCACAUACACACACACACACACACACAUAUGUAUAUCUUUCUAUAUAUGUGCAUGUAUGUAUAUAGGUAUGUAUAUAUAUGUAUA